AUGGCGGCUCAGGCUCCUACAGAAGAGCUGGACAAGCUCACAGUCCAGGACGCUGCCGGCACGAAUGGCAAGGCCACCACAAAGGCUGCAGCGCAGGGUGAUGCCGCCGACCAGGACAGUGACGGCUCGGACGACGAGGCAGACGAAGGCGCCCAGGUAGAAGGCGAAGGGGCUGCCAAGAAGAAGAAGAAGAAGAACAAGAAAAAGAAGAAGAAGAAGAAGGCUACCACCCAGUCCGACCCUCCACGGGUCCUCCUGUCCCAGCUGUUCCCUAACGGCACCUACCCCAAGGGCGAGGAGGUCGAGUAUAUUGGAGAGGAGAACCUUAAGCGCACGACCGACGAGGAGGUGCGGGAGCGCGAGCGGCUUCUUAUGAACGAUGAUUUCCUCCGUGACUACAGACAUGGUGCCGAGACGCACAGGCAAGUGCGGCAGUGGGCGCAGAAGUGGAUUCAGCCGGGGAUGAGUCUCACCGAGAUAGCCAACGGUAUUGAAGACAGCGUGCGGGCGCUUGUGGGACACUCCGGGCUGGAGGAGGGCGACGCCAUCGUGGCGGGCAUGGGCUUCCCAACGGGCCUGAACCUGAACGACAUCGCGGCGCACUACUCGCCCAACGCGAUUAACAACAAGGUAUUUGGGCAAGACGACGUCAUGAAGAUCGACAUUGGCGUGCACGUCAACGGGCGCAUCGUGGACAGCGCCUUCACGAUGGCGUUUGACCACAAGUACGACAACCUGCUGGACGCCGUCAAGGCGGCGACCAACACGGGCGUGAAGGAGGCCGGCAUCGACGCGCGGCUCGGCGAGAUCGGCGGGGCCAUCCAGGAGACGAUGGAGAGCUACGAGAUCGAGCUGGACGGCAAGACGUACCCGAUCAAGUCGAUCCGCAACCUGAACGGGCACACGAUCCAUCACUACAGCAUCCACGGCGACAAGAGCGUUCCCAUUGUCAAGACCGAGGACCAGACCAAGAUGGAGGAGGGCGACGUGUUCGCCAUCGAGACGUUCGGCAGCACCGGCAACGGCUACGUGAGGGACCAGGGCGAGGUGUCGCACUACGCGCUGAUGGCGGACGCGCCCAAGGUGGACCUGCGGCUGUCGUCGGCCAGGUCGCUGCUCAACACCAUCAAGAAGAAUUUCGGUACGCUGCCAUUCUGCCGGCGGUACCUGGACCGCAUCGGCUGCGACAAGUACUUGCUGGGGCUGAACAACCUCGUCAACACUGGCAUCGUACAGGACUACCCUCCUUUAGUAGACAAGAAGGGGUCCUACACGGCGCAGUUCGAGCAUACUAUCUUGAUCAAGCCAAGCUGCAAGGAGAUUAUCAGCCGAGGUGACGAUUAUUGA